AUGAGACAAGCAGCCCAGCCGCUAAUGACAAUGCAAGCCGUCGUGACGCAACACCCAGGGAAGUCAUGCCCCAGCCUCGACGGUCUGCUAGGCUGCAACAGCGCGACCUUCAACGACGAGAAGUGUCUUGAAGAAAACUUCCUCCAGCCAAUACCAGUGCUAUCUAGCCAUCACUACAAGCAUCAGCCAGCACCAUCUAGCCAUCACUACAAGCAUCAACCAGCGCCAUCUAGCCAUCGCUGCAAGCAUCAUCCAGUACCAUCUUGCCAUCACUAUAAGCAUCAGCCAGCACCAUCUAGCCAUCGCUGCAAGCAUCAAUCAGCGCCAUCUAGCCAUCAUUAUAAGCAUCAAUCAGUGCCAUCUAGCCAUCGCUAUAAGCAUCAGUUAGCGCCAUCUAGCCAUCGCUAUAAGCAUCAACCGGCCCCAUCUAGCCAUCGUUAUAAGCAUCAACCAGCGCCAUCUAGCAAUCGCUAUAAGCAUCCAGCCAAGCAUCACAAUCUAGCCAUCGCUAUAAGCAUCAUCCAGCGCCAAUCUAGCCAUCGCUAUAAGCAUCACCGGCCCCAUCUAGCCAUCGCUAUAAAGCAUCAGCCCAGCCGCAUCUAG